AGAAAAAUCUAGUGUUAGUUUUGAUAUUGUGAAAGAGUGCGAAAAGCUACAUAAUUUUAAGUGUUGAUCACAAUUUUUGUUAUUAAGUUUUAAAAAGUUAGAUAAUAGUCCAGUUAAGCCAAAGCGAAUUAAGGUAGAAGCAGUAAAGAAAUUGUGAAGAUGUCGCUACCUCCGUUGUCGCCGUACCGGCAGAGCAAUCACAACGAUUUCUUCCGGAACUACGCCGUCAACCUGGAACUGAACCUGGAAUGGUUCGAGCUGGAUCAGGAGAUAUGGCACAUGGUCCAGGGGAUGGGACCGUUUCCGGGAGCAGCCGGAUUUCCACCAACGGCAGCAGCAGCACAGGCCGGUCUCGGUGCGGAAGGCCUCUCGGUGCAGGUCAUGAAGGGCGCAGGGGCACCGACCGGUGGAGGCGGCGGUCUAGCCAUGACAAUGGCCGACCACCAGCUCAGCAGUCUGAAACAGCACCAGGAACAGCUCAACCAACAGCACCAGCAACACCAGCAGCAGCAGGCGGUGGCCGCUGCGGCAGCCGCCCAGCUCGCCAGCUCGCAGACACUCAGAAAUACUGUCAGCCAGUACAGCUCCCCAUCAGUAUUAGGCGUCCCGCCGGGUGGCGCUCCGCCACCGACCUCGCUGUCAUCGCUCAGCGCCAUCAGCAGUGCCGUACCGAGCAGUGGAGUGACCAGCAGCAGCAGCAGUACCACAUCCGCAGCAGUCAGUGCCAUCACCAGUAGCGCUGGAGGUGCCGCCCUCGCCGGAAUCUCCAACGGAAUUGAACAACAGACUGUUAGUAUUAAGACCGAAUUAUUGCAGCAAACGGAACCAGAAACGCAAGUCUCAAGUGCCAACAACCAAAACCAAAACAACCAAUCGAACAUCAGUACGGCCAGCACCGGCAGCUGUAGUUCCCCGUCGGAUAUCGCCACAGCCGCCGCCGCCAUCAUCGCCAGCAGUGCGCAGCUGGUCAGUAGCGGAGCGGGAAGCAGCAGUAGUAGUCCCGGCAGUUGUAUCAUGACUACCGGAAGCAGUACCAUCACGACCACGGCCGGUACCGGGACUGUGCCGCUGAGUACGGCCCAGCAGGCACUAGUGUCGGUUGCGCAGAGCCAACAGCAGCAGCAGCAACAACAGAACGUGGCCGCGGCCGUGGCAGCCGCCACCGCGCUAGCCGAAUCCAAAGCACAACCAAAGCGACUACACGUGUCGAAUAUUCCGUUCCGAUUUCGGGACCCGGACCUGCGGUCCAUGUUUGGGCAAUUCGGUACCAUCCUGGACGUGGAGAUCAUCUUCAACGAGCGAGGCAGCAAGGGAUUCGGUUUUGUAACAUUCGCUAAUAGUAGCGAUGCGGAGCGAGCACGCGAACGUCUUCACGGCACUGUGGUUGAGGGACGCAAGAUUGAGGUCAAUAAUGCAACCGCACGAGUUCAAAGUAAAAAAGUUCCUGCUGUUUCGAGCGUUUUCCUGACGAAGCCAGGCACCGUCACGGCUCCUCCCCUGGCAGCAGUUUGCGUGCCCUGGCCAGCCGAAGGUUACCGCCUGUCGAUGGGCGCCUGGCCUUGGAUAGGAACAACGGCAGCAACCGUCGGAGCAGCCGGAGCCCAAUCGGCGGCAGCCCUAGCGGCCGCCGCAGCAGCCGGUGCGGCACCAACAUCGGCCGCCGCUGCCGCAGCCGCAGCAGCUGCGGCUUCGUCGAACCAGGCGGCAGCCGCCGCCGCAGCAGCAGCAGCCAACCAGCCGAUGAAUGCAGCGGCAGCGGCCGCAGCAGCCGCCUCGCCGCUGUUGAUAGCGCAGGCCGCCCAGAGGGCUGCGGUCGCCGCCCAACGGCGUAGUGUGUAUUUCGAUCCAUACAUGGCGGCAGCAGCAGCAGCAAGUGCGGAUCAGCAGUAUCGUCUACAGGCUGCCAAACCGGUGACGGAGGUACCCGCCCAACCGGCCAUUCUGAAUGCCGCAGCCCCUCUGCUCAAGACACCUCUCUCGCAAGCCCAGCAGGCCUACAAUGCAGCAACCUACACGGCCGUGGCAGCUAGGGCCGCCUACGGAGCUGCAGCGGCAGCUCAACCAACCGUAGCAGGCUACGCCACCGUUGCGGGAUACGGACGAGAGUACGCCGAUCCGUACCUUGGUCACGGAAUUGGACCAGUUCCCGGCUACGGGGCAACCAUGUAUCGAGGAACGUACAACCGUUUCGCGCCAUAUUAGAUUUAAGCAGACAAAGCUUGUUCCGUUCAUCCGCCAUAUUUUGUAUGACACGUAUACAACAACAACCCCUUUUUCUGCACACGCGCGUCCGUUUGUUUACAUUUUUCUUUCGAUUCGCGAAACAAACAAUAGGGCAGACAGGCAGGCAGGCGAGCGGUGAAAGCGUCGGAAACGAUUCCCAGUGAGGAGGAAACGAAUGGAAAUUAACCAACAAACAACAUAAGAAACCCACUAAUCCAGGAUCGAUACCAAAGUUGUAGCACAAAACCAUGAAUGAUGAUGAUGAUUAAGAAGCAAGAAAAGAAGAAUUAACGAGCCCGAUGCUAGGAUGGUAGCAUCGAGGCCUACAACAACGCCGCCAUUGCAGUGGAAAUAACGCAUGCUCUCUCCCUAUAUCUAAGUAAUGUUCGUCAUAUCUGCCGUUGUAGAUAUACGCAUUGUUCUCUCGUAAACGCACUCACCGAUAGCGACACGGAGCGAAAUCGACGCACGCACGCACGUCAAGGAUGAUUGUGACAACCAUGACACACUGAAACAAACAAUGAUAUUCGAUUGUGACGGAAGCAAAAACGUGACAACAAGAGGUCAAUCUCUCUUCUAAUGUGGUGGUCGUAGACGGUAGGAUUUAUAGUUUUGAAGGGGGUUUUCGGUUCACCGAAACUCCUCUAGUUAGGAGACAGGGUGGCAACCCAGCAAAGAAUACUCACAGAAAGUUUUCCCGAUUCCGUUUGCAAGCGGUUCCUUCCAGAAUGAAAACCGGUAUUGGCGGUACACAAGUAGUUCCUGUAGAAACAGCUAACGGAAAAAGUUACAAAGUCAUCCUUAGAAUCUUCCAAAAUUGUUUUUUUAUUACGAUUAGGUUAUUUUUUUUCAGUUACCAUCAUACCGAGAAUUUAGUGAGAUGUCAGUGUUUUUUGGUAAAAUUUAUAAAGUUUGUAGAAUUCUUUUUUGUGCCUCGGAAAUUUCUUCCGUAGAAAUUCCUCGAGGGUAAUGCUCAAAAUCGCAUAUAUAUAUAUAAUGUAUUAUCUCUGAAUGUCAUAAUGUGAAAUAAAUGAAAAGAUUUGUGAAGUUAGUAUUGAUCUGAUUCUAGUACUGCUCAGUGUCAAUCGCAACUGUGUUACAGUACUAGAUUGAAGUUGAAGUUCUCAGUCCACGUCGUUGUCCUUGAUUCUAGUUUUAGAGGAAACACACAAACACACGAAAAAUACACUCUGCAGAAUGAUUUUAUAUUAAAAUUAUUCUACUACGACACGAAAUACAAAUCGCGAUCGCGAAAUGGGAGCGAAAGCUAAUGCUACAAAAACACGUAAUAACAAAAAGAGCCAAAGUUAUCGACUAACCAGAAUCAAUAUAGACGCAAGCGAAGGGAAGCAAAAGCAAACAUACAAAGUUACAAAACAUGUUGAUAAUUCCCACAGAAAAUAAAAAUCGAGUCUGAUUUUUUCCUCCAAGGACUCGCUAGUAGGUAGUCAAUGUGCUCACGCUAUAGCAAACAUAAACACAAACGCGCAGGCAGACAAACACGUCCGUACAGGAAUCUGUUUUCCGUUGUUUUGGCAGCUUUACGAAUUUUGGUGUUGUACAAUUUCCAAAAUUUACAAUAUAGACGGUAAAAUAGGGCGGGUGUAUGUGUGUACGAAUUGUACGAAACGGAACUCAGUCUCAGCCCAGUCAGUCAACACCAUCAUCACCAGUCUCGAUAGUCAUAGGGAGGAGGCCACAAAUACUCAGCAACUUCUAUAGCUCUUCUAGUACUGAACCGAGCGAGCUGCUUCGAGAGAUUAGGUUCUACGACCGCACGCAGCUGGGCAAAAACUUCUCAGUUAAAAUGGAACGGAAAUCUACUCAUAUUAUACUAUCACCUAGGUUUAAUCUCUUUUAUUCUAGUACGUCCGUGGCGGCGCGUUGUCAUAUCGGUUCAAAUCUCGAAUUGUGCACAAAGCAAAUACCGUAUAUUUUUAUGUUAAUCGUUUACUCUUAUGGAGGUAGAAGUUUGGAGAUGAGUUAUACUACAGUCAUUAUCGAAGUACAUCAGAGUUCUAAGGUUAGGUAGGCGCUGGUGCGCUCGCACACAUGUUUAAUCAUCACCCACACUAAUGCAACUGAUGCGGACACGAAACUCAGACAAAACAGCAGACGCCGAAGUAGGACGGAGAAGAAGCAAACAAACUCAAUCAGGGCAUUCUAUGUUUGUAAGAUUUAGUUUUUCGUUUUAAUGGUAACGUUCAUUAUACAUUGAAUAGUUUUAGGUUAUGUGUUACGCUGUCAAAAAUGAGGAGCACUGUAGUUGGUAGCGUCGAUUGUCGAAUUACGUGCAAACUGGAAGGGGGGGAGGGUGUUUUCAGCUCUAGGACUGCUUUUUUUGGUAGUGGAUGGUUGUGAUUGAGAAAAUAGAAGGUUACAUCUUCUUUGUAAGACAGAUUGCUUGACAGAAAUCUGUGCAGUUUACAGACUUCUUGCUUUUGAGAUGUUUGAUUACACUUAGCCAUGGGCAAUUUUCUUCAAUUCUUCAAUUCUUCUCGAAUACAAAAUGCCUUAUACCGACAAUGGGUUUACCUGUUCUGCAACGCCAAACCAAGAACUUAACAACUUUCUCCAUGUUCUCCUUUCUUUGUUGUCCGGCAUGACUAACCUCAUUUGCGUCAACCACUCCCGGGUACAGAUUUCUGGUUUGUCGUUCCGGUUAGGUGCCUUUCUUCAGAAAGUCGGCUCAGGUGGCACGUUCUCCUACUAUUGGGAGAUUUGUGCCAUGGAUGUCUUCCGUACCUUGUAAACAUGAAGUCCGACACGUUUGCAGGUAGAAACCUUCGCCUUCUUGGGCGACGCUUGAACAAAUUUAACACCUUCCUUGCCUUUAUCGGAUCAACUGUCGUUAGGUUACUGAAAUUGCCUAACUACCACUUUCUUGGUUUCCUUGAACAAAUUUACCACCAGGAACGCCGUCGAACGAUGCAAACUUUGGAAGAUGUUUUCCGAUCCAUCCAUGAGACGCAGUUGAAUUUUCCACAACAGCACACACACAUUUGUUGCUGGAUCAUGUCUUGUUUUGAUGAAAUCUCGAUAACCACUUGACAGAUUGUGUCAACGUCAACAUUACACUCAACUGGUUCCAGUGAAAACAAUCGCCAGUUAAGUUCUGAAUUCUGUAUCCCAGAGGACUGGCUUUUGUAAGCGGAUUUCUUCGGAUUGCGUUUCAGAAAAUCCAUCGCAGUUACCUGAAAGAAGGAAACAAUUUGAUUAGAUAUUUUGCCAGUUAAAAACUGCUCUUCAACGUAAGCUUCAAUCUGGAUGUUCUACUCUAAAUUCUACUUAGAAGCACAGCAAAACUUCUCCACGUGUUCGAUCGUCACUUCCGGUUUUUCUUAGCGAAAACAAAAACAAACUGUCAACAAUGCGCCCUUCAGAAACACCUUCUGAUUGCAGGUCAGGGGCUAGACACUGUGUAAACAGGAGCAACUCUGAUAAAUUUGUAGCAAAUCUUUUUAUAAACAUUUAUUCAGAAACAUCUCUGAAAUGUACAAGUUUUCAUUGUGUUUCUAAAGGUUUUUGUCCAGUUUUUGUUUACGGACAUCUAGGGGCAAGAUACUGUGCAAACCGGAUCAACUCUAAGCAAUGCUGAAUAGGCCUUUUCAGGUGACAGGUUCGUCUAUAGGAUACUGCAAGAUGACGUCAUGAAGCCGUGCACUGACAGUUCAGCGAGCUUGUUUACAUGGACUUAGUCUCUGGCGGAGAUCCGGCAGAAGUGUUUUUCAAUUCAACUUCAGUAAAACUGUAAUUUGACGAUUGGUUCAUAAUGGCUUCGUAAAUUAAAUUUUCGCCGCUCGUUAAAAAUUCUAACACCUUGUAAACAAGCUCGCUGAACUGUCAGACAAAGUGAGGUUAGAUCAGGUGCUUGCAGUACCCUAUGCCACUGUUUACAACUGCCGAACAAAGGCGCAAACGCUGAAUUGCCAGUUUCAUAGGAGAGCUGUCAAAGACCCCCAAAAUCAGCUGAUUUUAGACGUCAAAUGAAAAAGCCCAUAUCACUCCUUAUUAGAAUCCAUUCAGAAACGUUUCUGUAAUGCGGAAAAUUGGGCAAUAAUGCCAGAGGAAUGAUGAGCGACACUUUCGCAAUAUCUGUCUUGCCACUAGUCCAAGGAUUGCGCAGAAUUGCUCUGGAUUGAACAGUAUUUCAACUGAUUUCUCAUAGAAGAAGUCCUCCUCUUGAGAUCACCAGUACUAGACUAGUCAACUGUUCUAAUUUAACCUUUUUGUACGCACAUAUGACUAGACAUACGAAGCCCAGUAACAAUGAAAAUGACGGGUUUAUAUGGAGAUGCAAAUAACACCGUUCGUAUAUCAUAACAACAGUGUUCUGAAGCAUGGAAAGCUUUGGAAACUCCUUUUUUCCUACUCCAAAUCCUCCAGAACAUGUAAUUCGUCUUUUGACAAAGAAAAAAACACACGCGAACAGCUCAAAGACGGCAAGAGAAAACCAAAACAUUAGACAAGUUAGUGCUAGUUAGUUAUCGAUAGACCCUAGGUUUAUAGAAAUAGUACGAUGUCGCAGGACAAACAAUAGGAAAUGCAACCGCGCAAAAUACGAAACAAACACACACUCACACAAACACACCGUCGUCGUUGUCGUCACUUUGUUUUAACGUCUAGAGAUGUAGGGGAAUUUAAUUGUUUUCAAAUCAGAAGCGUCUCUCUAAGAACACGCAGGCCAUAUUUGAUUUAAGACGAUUCAGAUAGUUCGAGUUUUGUUUUUAGGUUGGUUAUAUUUUUCUGUUUUCUUUUUUUAUUCUCCUGUAAAAGUAGAAACUUCUAAUCAUAUAUAACGAAGAUAUAUUCUAGUGGUAAUCGUAUUCUCCGACUCCGAUGAUUAGGUCCUCUCUAUAGUGCACGCGAAUAAAGGGCAGCAGCAUCAGCAAGGAGCCAUUUUUAUUGAACUGAUCGAGCUUACUCACUAUUGCUUUCUGAAUUAAACUUUUUAAACACGAGUAGAACCAUAACGGUCUUACUCCAUCGAGUUUUGAUGGACCGUCAUAUUACAUCAUGCUUUCUCUUUAUCUUCACCAGUGAGCCGAUUGGUAACAAUUUCGGCCAUAUUCGUUUCAUCUGAGACUGCAAAAAAAAUCGCUGAAGCUUACCCGUUUGAUGAAAACACAAAGCUUGGAAAAGAACGUGUAGAAUUCAUGUGUUGCGACUUCGUUUGUACAUAGCUGAUUGUAUACUUUGUUUCUAUCAAAUCAGACUCAAAAAAUCACCAUUGAAGAACGGCUCGUAAUCGCAAUUAAAACGAGAAACAUCAGACACAAAAAACUCAGACUCAUGUUUUCCAUCGUUCUCUCCAACAAAGCUGUUUAGUAUUCAAGUCAAAGGAUCCGAAAGUCGAAUUAUUCCAUUUUCGGCAUCACCGUAUUGCAAGAAAACAACAUAACAAAACAAACGGGACAGUGAAGUAGCUUUAAAACGAUACUCUUCCAGUUGAAAUGCAAACAGAGUUAUUAAGUAUAUAUAUUUAGGAAACCACUCCGCAGCAGCUCUAUAGGAACUCCUCGGAUAGUGCAUCAAUGAAAUUGCGAUUCCAAAAGCAUCACAAACCAACACGCUCUCCAAAUCGUAGAAUAGAAUUUAACGGAAAUUUCCACGAUUCAAUGGUGAAGAGGUUAGGGACGUACCGAUCUAAAAGGCCGACAUCCUUCCAUUGACCCAGAUCCCAGAAACGCUAAACGUAAGCUCAAAUAUAUUGUCACAAAAAUACAAAUAAUCUUAGCGCUUAGACGAAGGAAAGUAAUUCAAAAGAAGAUAAAUGAACAAGAAUCACAAAUAGAAAUCUAGUUCUAGAGAAGUAAUUUUAAAAAUUUAAAAAUCUACAAAAAAAAACAAACCGAGAAGUCUAAAAACUUCCCACUUUCGCCAAAUUAUUAUUACUAUUGAUAAGGAUAUUACAAGAAAAAAGUACAUUAUAAUUAUUACUCUCUAAUCAUAGUGUUAUAGAACCGCAAGGAAGAAAGAUGAAGCUUAUGCGCGCGCAACAAAGCAGAACAGUGUGUUCUCUGAACAGUGAAAACACCCCCGAAACUCAAACCCGUGUAGGAAGCCCCUAGCUAGCUCAGAUCCCUGACCGAUUAAGAUCGCACUUUUUCCGAUUUCCUCUUUUUAUCACGUCUGGCAAUUGAAAAAAAACAGCGUAGACACACCGCGUGAAAGCGUCGUCACUGAGUUUAAACACAGGAACAGAACCCACGCGUCACUCCAUUCGAGAUUCCACUCUCACGUACCAAUUGUAGCGAAAAGAAACAAAAGCAAAAUAAACAGUAGAAAACGAGAAUCCAAAAAGUCAGUCAACAAAACCCGCUCCAGGUAAAACAGGAAGCAGACACAUACUGGUCGAGGGAAAAGAAAGGAGCUAAAAAACAGAAUCUGGUGAAAAUAAGGUAUUUGAGAGAAUUACUAGGUCGUAGGAAGCAAACAGAAAAAAAGUAAGAAAACCAUUUAAAAAGUACCACUUGUUCUUCUUAUUUUAUAAUAAAAUCUCGUAAAAUGCCAAAUAAG